UGGAGCCUUCUCUCCCUGAAACUUCAACCAUCGUUUCACCCUCCAUGGAUACUACCCCCAAAGAAGAAAAGAAACCACAAGUCAAGGAAGAAGAUCAUCUCGUAUUGGACCUGCGCCUCUCCAAUCAAGAAUCGAACCCGGAGCUGAAUUUCGUCGACUGUUUCAAGGUGGUGGACUCGUCCUCUGAUCAUGAUCAAGAUCAAGGUAAUGAACCUGAGCCUAGAGUCUUUUCAUGUAACUAUUGCCAAAGAAAAUUUUUUAGCUCACAGGCUCUGGGAGGCCACCAAAAUGCACAUAAACGAGAAAGAACACUGGCGAGACAAGGCCACCGGUUUCCCGGUGUCCAUUUCGGUUACCCUAACGGUCGAUAUUAUAGCAUGGCUUCACUUCCUCUGUAUUCUUCUUUUAACAAACCACUUGGAGUUGGAGAGCACUCCAUGAUCCACAAGCCGACUUUUGCUCCAUGGCAUAAUGGAUGGUCUAGACGGCCCGUUGAUCGAACACGGGCAAUCGAGCAUCUUUCAAUGGGGAGUUUGAAUCUAGGGAUUAGUGGCACUGCUAGAUUCGAUGGCGGUGUAGGGAAGUUUGGUCCAGCCAAGGAGGGAAUGGGUGGAUUUUUGUGGGAUACUGUUAAGCAUUUCCAUGGUAAAAAAGAUGAGUUGAAGCUUGACUUGUCUUUGAAGCUUUAAGCAAUAUACAUAGUCUAGUUUCAUUCUUCCUU